AUGAAUGGCAAAGGCUGCAACCUGUCCCUCUUGGUUUCCCCCUCCAGUGUACCCCAAUCUCUGGGCACCAUAUCUGGCCAGCAGGUAUCUCACUUACGGGGGCAUGCUGGCAAUUCCUGGUCAUCUCUGAACCAUGGCAUCUCGAGCCCUCGCAGCAAAACAGGCAAUGGAGUAGGCCAUGGAUCUGUGGCCCCGGAAAGCAAGGGUACUUUGCCAGCCCUGAGUCUUCGCAGGCAGGUUCUGACCAAUGGGAAGCAUCAGGGGACCUUCAGCGUCUCACAGUCCCCCUGGCAACAAAUGUCAUCGGUUCCUGUGCCACCCAGCCAUUCCAGUAGAGGGAGAUUGAAUGGCCCACAAGGUGUCAAAGGUUCUCCAUCAUUGGUGGACAAUAGAAACCUAAUGGGACAGGGUGACAGAUCAAACCUGCAAGUGACAAGCAGUGCUAUGGUGGUACAGAGUCUGAGCCCAGUGUCUCCAGCAACUAUUCACACCCCUGCCUCACACUGCUCUCUUCCCUCAGUGGGUUUUGUUGUGCCCUUCACAGAUGCCAGGUCUCUGCUGUCCAGAGAGUCCCUGGCUUCCACCAACCUCAGCAUAGCAGAAAGCCAGUCCAUUCGCAGCAGCAAACUUGACUGGCCUUAUUGCUAUCGUGUCCUGCCACCACUGGGGCAGCAGAGCACUUCCAGUCAGACAGCUGAAGGAACAGAGCUUCUAAACCUUCCUCCUGGUUCCUCCAUGUCUGGAGCCACCAGCAUCUCCAACGCAGCUUCACUCCCUGCUUAUCUGUUUAAGGACGACGCCAACAGCCCAUACUAUUCUGGCCGAUCCAAAAAGAGAGCACUGUCAAUCUCACCUCUGUCUGACAGCAUCGGCAUUGACUUGAACUCCAUUAUCCGGACGUCACCAACCUCCUUGGUUGCCUAUAUCAUUGGUUCCCAGAGUUCUCCAGCCUCUCAGCCUACGCCUUCACCACUGCAGUCUGAGGUAUAUGGGCACCUAUUAGGAGUCAGGGGGAAUUGUAUUCCCAAUCCCCACUUUGCUUAUCCAAGUCCUAAACCCAGUUCCACGCUCAGCCAGCUUUCUGACAGAGUAAGUGCCUGCAUGCAGAGGCUAGAACAAGCGGGUAGACAUGACAGCCACACCGGAGGAACUAAUUUGGUAGUGGAGCAUCAGCUUGUGCCAGGGCAGGAACUCAUGAUAAGCCAAAGAUCAGCGGGAGAAAAUGUCCCUGAUGGCAGCCUGGAGGGCUCUACAUAUGUUCAGUUUGAAAUUUCAGCCAUCGUCAGGACUCCCAGCCCUCCCAGCGGACCUCCGCCACCGUAUCACUCCCACCAUGUACACCGACCACCAGGUGGUCACCUGGCAUGCACUCAGAACUCUGCAGAUCCACACUUUCUGCAUCCGGCAGAUAGGUCAUGUGGUCGACCCCUGGCACUUUGCCCGAUGGUAGAGGAGGAAGAAGGGGAGAUUGAUGAUUUUAACGGGGGUCACUGUUGCCACUGGUUAGACUGUAGCGCCACUUACAGCCACCAAGAGGAGCUGGUAAAGCACAUUGAGAAGCUGCACAUCGACCAGCGUAAAGGAGAGGACUUCAUCUGCUUUUGGGCAGGAUGCCCCAGAAGAAACAAGCCAUUUAAUGCUCGCUACAAACUCCUAAUCCACAUGAGGGUACACUCUGGCGAGAAACCCAACAGAUGCACGUUUGAAGGUUGUCAGAAGGCGUUUUCACGUCUGGAAAACCUCAAGAUCCACCUACGGAGUCACACUGGAGAGAAACCCUACAUAUGUCAGCACCCGGGCUGUCAAAAAGCUUUCAGCAAUUCCAGCGACCGGGCCAAGCACCAGCGAACGCACCUCGACACGAAACCCUACGCUUGUCAGAUCCAAGGGUGCCAGAAGCGCUACACGGAUCCUAGCUCGUUACGGAAGCACGUCAAAUCACAUUCCAGUAAAGAACAGCAGGCCAGGAAGAAGCUGAGAUCCAGCACUGAGCUCUACCAAGACAGACUUUCUGAGUGUUUAACCAUCCAGCCUCUGCAGCACAGCCAGUCGACUCUGGACCUGAUCGAGAGCAAGUUGGGCCAUUCGCCUAUUCUGCCCGCAGACGUGUAUACAGGUGUUUUCUCCAUUGACCAUUCCACUCAGGUCACUACUGGUCAGGUUCAUCACUCUGAUGGCGACUCUCAUCUUCCACUGCCCACACUACCUCCAACUAACAGCAGGUUUGAUGCUCCUCAUGCACAGCAGUCAGUCCACCAUUCACAGGUCCCUCAUUCACACCACCACAUGGUGGCAGCACAAAAGAACAACAUACUUCCCGGGUACACCGUCCAUCCUACAUUAUCCAUCCCUCCUCACCAGGAAAGUUUCCCUAGUCAAACGCUGUGCUCGCCCUCGUAUGAUGACUUGCUUCAGACCGCAAAGCAGAUGGCUGCCUGUUCCAUGAUGCAGAUCCCAGUGUUUGAGAACAGUCUAAGUUCCUCAGUCCCAGUUCAGCAGGAACCUGAUCUGAUCCACACAUCUUUAUCAAGUCUCACAGUGUUCGACUCACAGGGCAGAUCUGAAGAAUCCUUGGUGAAUCAGGAGCUUUCAGUGCCAGAAGAUAACUACCUUCACAUACACACCAUGGACCGAUGA